CUCCCAGGCUUCCCCCCCAGCGCCCCGCCUACUCCUCUCCCUCCUCCUCCUCCUGACUGUCAGUCUGAUCUAGAGCAGCAGAGACCGCAGCCUCUGGAACAGAAAGUAGAAAAUGGCAAUACCUCCGUCUUAUGCUGAUCUAGGGAAAUCUGCUCGGGAUGUAUUCACCAAGGGAUACGGUUUUGGCUUCAUCAAGCUUGAUCUGAAAACAAAAUCUGAAAAUGGACUGGAAUUCACAAGCUCAGGAUCUGCAAAUGCCGAGACCAGUAAGGUCGCUGGCAGCCUGGAAACCAAAUACAAGUGGUCCGAAUAUGGCCUGACGUUCACAGAGAAGUGGAACACAGAUAACACACUGGGCACAGAGAUCACUGUAGAAGAUCAGCUUGCAAAAGGACUGAAGUUGACCUUUGACUCAUCGUUCUCUCCUAACACUGGAAAGAAAAAUGCGAAAAUUAAGACUGCAUUCAAGCGGGAACACCUUAACUUAGGUUGUGACAUGGAUUUCGAUAUCGCUGGUCAAUCGAUACGGGGAGCGGCGGUGUUUGGCUACGAGGGAUGGCUAGCCGGCUACCAAAUGACUUUCGAAUCGACCAAGUCACGAGUCUCACAGAGCAACUUCGCUGUGGGUUAUAAAACGGAUGAAUUCCAGCUGCACACCAACGUGAAUGACGGUACAGAGUUUGGAGGCUCCGUAUACCAGAAGGUAAAUGAUAAAUUGGAGACGGCCAUCAAUUUGGCGUGGACCGCAGGAAACAGCAACACGCGCUUUGGAAUCGCAGCCAAAUAUCAGAUUGAUUCAGAUGCUUCUUUCUCUGUGAAAGUGAAUAACUCCAGUCUCAUUGGAUUAGGAUAUACUCAAACGCUGAAGCCAGGUAUCAAACUAACAUUAUCUACGUUACUCGAUGGCAAGAACAUCAACGCGGGUGGCCACAAACUGGGUCUAGGACUGGAAUUUGAAGCAUAACGCGUUUCACUCUGCACCAACUCAUUGUCCAGUUGUUCUGCAGCAUAGAUAUCCUACGAUUCUAGUGUACCUUUGUUAUGUUCAGUAUCCUGGAUGCAGAGAACCUUCUGGGUCAAUGACGAGUGUUUCCCUUGGGGAAAUAGAAAAAUAAAGAUCAAGCGAAGCUUUAAAGUUUUACCGUUCGAAUGCCAGACAGAGUAACUUUAGGGAACAGAUCUUGAUAUUUCAGGAUAAAUUUGGAAAACUUCAUAGCUGCUCAUAUAUAUAUCAUGCUAGUCGAGAAGGUAACAAUUGCCUCUUUUUUUUGUUUUUGUUAUUUUUUGUUUUUUACCGCAGUAGUUCUAAAAUAAUAUUGAAGAAAAACAAAAAGCAGUUGUAUAUUUUAGAUUAUUCAAUUCUUUCCAAGAGCGAGCAAACAGCAUAUAGCCAAUACUCCGCAUAUCUUUCUCAUGGUCCUAAAUGAUAAUAAAGGGAUUUAAGGAUUUUGCAGUCUAUGUGCGCAGCCAUUGAGAGCACAUAAAGGGACUUGAAAGAUCAAGUAUUUCAUAAACUGUUCUAGUCUUACAGGAAAGCUGUCUGACAUCACAAAUGUUACUCAUAGACCAUCUUAAGGUAUUUUUUGCGUCUUACGAUUUGCACAUUGUUCCCCCCCUUUCCCUGACACACUACGGGAAAGCUUGAAGAGCCAUAUGCAAGGGAAGAGAUUUAGUUUCUCAAGUCCUCACAGUGACGUCACUUGUAGGCAUUACUCACCAAAAAGACUUUAACUUGUUUUAUUUUCCUGCACCAUUUCUAAAACAAAUAUUUUUAGCAAUGUGCCCAAUCCAUGUAGUGUCUUCCAUCUUGUGAAACUAGACUUCCUAAUAUGCUGUAUGCAACAUCAACUAAAAUAAAACCAGAAUAAAGUUC